AUGCAGCCGCCUUUCGAAUUACCGCAGGAGUCUAUACUGGCUCCAUUAUUCGAGAAAUUUCCAUGUCGUGAGCACCAGAUACGAUCUAUCGCCAGCCUGGUCAGCCCCGGAGCGAUCCCCUGCCGAAACCUUGUCAUCUACGGCGCCGAAGCGACCGGAAAGUCUAGCGUCACAGCCGCUGUCCUCGACCGACUCUGCGAGCCGCCGCAGACGUCAAACGCAGACCAUGAUGCGCCGGCCGCCCUCCUCCGCCACGCCCGUGUCGACGCGGCGCAGUGCAUCACGGCGCGACACCUCUACGAGCGCAUCGUGGGUUCCGUCGCGGACGCGCUGCGGACGCGCGACGUAGCGCCCAAGCGGUGCGAGACGAUGGCGCAGCUCGCCGUCACCCUCACCGAGAUGCUCGACCGCCCGUCGCGAGACGACCCGCGCCGGCGGUUCGCGCUCGUGCUUGACUCCGUAGACAGACAGCGUGAGGCGCCGGCGACACUCUUACCCGCGCUGGCGCGUCUCUCUGAAAUGAUCCCCUGCCUCACCUGCGUGAUGAUCGUCACCUCACCGCCCGCCGGCUUCCUACGCUCGUGCGGCUCCGCCAACCUGCACUUCCCGCCCUACGUCAAGCACGAGUACGUGCGCAUCCUCGCGCUCACGCCGCCGCCCUACGCGCCGAUCGCGGACACCGCCAUCAUGACGCCGCAGGAGACGGCCGACAUGUGGGCGCGCUUCUGCGCCGCGGCGCACGACGCCCUGGUGCGCGCGGCCUCGCGCACGCUGCCGUCUUUUCGGGACUGCUGCCGCGCGCUGUGGCCGCGAUUCGUCGCGCCGAUCGUCGCGGGGACGCACACCAAUAAGGAGUUCUCCAAGCUGCUUGUCGCCGCGCGCGUGCACUUCCAGGAUGAGUCCCUGCUGAACCCAAGCAUCGUCGCCGUGCGCCCCAGCGCUGCUGCUGCUGCGGCGACGACAACCUUGGCACCGGGCAAGCCGUCGUCUGGGACCGCCGCCGUGUCACUCAAGGCCAACACUGGCGGCAGCACCGUCGCGGGGCUCACGUCCCUGCUGCCCACGAUAGCGCGGCUCCUCCUCCUCGCCGCCUACCUCGCCUCGCACAACCCGUCCAAGCACGACCUCACCCUCUUCUCCACCUUCCACCACGGCCGCAAGCGGCGGCGCGGCGGCGCCACCACCUCCCGGGGUGGUCCCGGCCGCCCCCGCAAGCACCGCCGGAUCGCGCGCAAGCUCCUCGGCUCGCACGCCUUUGUGCUCGAGCGCAUGAUGGCCAUUUUCGAGGCGGCGCGUGGGGAAUGGGUCGAUGACGGGCGGCGGAUGCCCGGCGGCGGCGGCGGCGUCGAUGGCGAUGUCGGUAUGGCGCUCGCGACGCUCGUCAGCCUGCGGCUGCUGGUGCGCGUCGGCACGGGCGACAUGACGGACCGCUCGGGCAAGUGGCGCAUCAAUGUCGGAUGGGAGGCCAUCCGCGGCAUCGGGCGGAGCAUCGGCGUCGAGGUGGAGGAGUGGCUGAUUGAGUAG